AUGACUUGCCCUAUAAAGAUACUUGUAAAGACUCUCAAGACUGGGAAUGCGACAUCAUUGGCCGUCUGUCACGCUGAGAAUGAGUUCUUCGUCGUACCUUUACUGACAUCAUCGGCCUCGGAUUUCGAUGCCGCUUCACGGAUUCUUCCUUUCCAAACUGAUCUCUCUGGCAAACGCAAUCGGUCAGAUGCGCAAAGAGCCUUUCUCGACUUCCUCAACAAAUCCUCACUGCUCCAAACACAUGGUAAAAUACACUUGGCUGAUGAGGAAGGUCACAUGAAGACUCUCGAAGGAAUAAUGAGCCCUGAUGAGUGGGACAUGCUCAGUGUUGAACAGCCACUCAUCCUGGCUCACGCCUGCUGCUGGAAGUUUGCCCAGCAUCUUGCUCAAACGUCAGAGCGAAGUUUCUCGCGCUCCCACUUCUACAGGUUUAUGAGACAGUUGCAUCAUAUAAUUCCAAGGAAGCUUCAGACCCAUAAAGAGCAGUGGCGGCUGGCUUCGUUUCGCCAUUACGCCGCAUUGUGCCACUCCAAUACAGUAUUCGAUUGCAUUUCGAAUCACGCUGACAUCUCUGAUCAUGCCAGGCAUAAGAUCAAAGAACAUAUCGAGUCUCUCAGGGAUCUCCUCUGUGGGUGUGCAAAGUUGCCACCAGAAUUGCAGCAAAGUAUAUGGCGAAGUAUUCCCACAAACUGUCUGACAUUCAGCUUGCUUGCAACUGCUGAGACGGUAGCUGUGGUAUCUAAAGUGCCUAAAGCCGUCUGGUCGGCGACGACGCCUAUCAUCUCCCACCAAUCUCUGAUACCGAAAGGCUUUGUCGGGAAAGGCUGGCUCCAUACGACGUUCAUUUCGAUACUUGGACGCAGGUAUUUGCAUCGGAUUAAUCUCUCUAAGACUCGACUAAAUGACGAGACGGCCCUUCCCGAGGUCGACAUUCAGAAUGUUUCCCACCUGCACUUCACGGUUGAAGAGAUAGGCAUCUCUGCCAUCCAAAUAGUUAAUAAAGAUGGUACGGAGUCCAACUGGUUGGGGAACCCUGAAGGAGGGUGGCGUGGAUCAACUCUUGGAAUCCAAUUUACCGACCUCCAGGUUUGGAAAGAUGAUCUUAAAGUAUUGAGUCUCAACCCUCUUAUCGAGAACACCGAAUCCUCAGAGCCUGCUGCCUCGAGAGCACUCUGGAAUACCUACCCCAAACUGUCUGCCGGAGAUGAGCUGCCUCUUGCUCGAUUGGCCCAGCGCCACAUCCCACUCAUGCACUAUCCUGGCUGGGGUUUGCGUCAGUACUUGCCCUUCUAUGAAAAUGGGCGCCAUGCCACGGGCAUGACUGUAUACCUUGAUGACUCUGGCACCAACGGAGUUGUCAUGCAUGGGCAGAGCCUCGCACAUAGGGCAGGAACACGCAGAGGGCUCUCAAUGUACAUGCCUUUUAAUCGCGGGGAGAGAAUCCUGGGGCUAGAUCUUCUGAGAAUAAACCGAUAUUCAAGUGGCCCUUUCCUCCUGAUUGAGAUAGAGGUUAAGUCCGAGAAUCACUCAACCUGUCAAAAUGGCACUCGUCGAUGCGUCUUUUUCGGUCCUGCAACCUUCCUCUACCUCUCCAAUACCGAUGUAAGCUGGUUAUCGCUUCUUCAACAUCAGGUGAAAGGAGAUGGAAAUGCUCUAAGGGGCUUGAUCGUAGACCCUCUGGCAUUGCACGGAGGCGCUUCUUUCACCUCCAUUGGAGCCCAUACCACGCCCACAGAGAAAGGAAAGAGGUAUGAGGCUGAAGAUAAUUCUUCAACCAGCAUUCAACCGAUGUUAUUUCCGGAUUUUACACCGUCCCAAGAAUCGGGGGGUAUUAGGACGAUUGCCAACUUGUUCAACGUGAAGGAGCUAGCUGUUCAGAAAACACCCUCCCGAGCAUAUAAAACAAGGCAUCGUUGUAUAGGUCUGUUCAUACGCUAUACGGAUGGAUCGAAUGCGGUUCUAGGACAGUGGGAUACAUCAGCGAGUUCGACAAUCAUAUACGACGCUGCGAAGGGAGAGCCACUUACUACGCUACUCUUUCAGAAAGACCCUUAUGUUAAUCCGUAUACUGGAAGCCUCAUGGUUGAUGUUGUUGCUAACACUUCGAAAAAAGCUUACCAUGCCCAAAAACUCAAAGAGGAAGAGGGGCGGUACCGCGAACCGAUAUCAGAUGGGUCAGUUUUUGAAUGGCUAGCGGCAGAUAAGAAGAGCGUCUGUUGGAAUUUCAGCGCAACGUUUGAUCAUGUGCGGUACUGUCGGUUGGAAGAGUUUCAGUUCCAGCCCGGGAAGACUAUUCAACAGCACGUUCAACUUAUACAUGAAGUGGUGGCCUCUACACUGAACACCCAAAGCACAAUGUCCGAGACCGUAAUCCUGAUAGGACCAGAAGGAUCUGGAAAGUCUACAAUCGGCAGGAUCCUCGCUAACGACCUCUCAAAAGAGCUAUACAGCCUCGAUCGCCAUCGCGACGAGCUCUACGCACCAUACGGCUACGACAAAACCCUCGCAGAAAGGAUAUACGAAGAGCAAGGCCUAUGGGCAUUCUACCAACAUUGGAAACCAUUCGAAUACAAAGCCGUCACACAUAUACUGCAGAAUGCAAAGCAAGAGGGCGACGAGUUCUACGGCAAGCUUCUCGACUUCGGAGCCGGACACUCGGUUUUCGAGGACCCGCAAGAGCUGGUGCACAUAGAGGCGUUGAUGGAGCCUUAUAGGAAUGUGUUUUUGGUGGUGCCGUGCGACGAUGUGGAUGAAGUGGUGAGGAUUACGGAGGAGAGGAGGGGGCAUGAGCUUGGGCUUAACAGGCACUUUGUGGAACAUUCCAGCAAUAGGAGGCUUGCGAAGCACACUGUUUAUACGAAGGAUAUGACAGCCGAGGAGUGUGCUGAGAAGGUGCUUCGGAUCAUUGGAUCAAGAGAGGAGGUUUGA